UUUGAACUGGGUUAUCUGAGUCCACACUGCCAUAUAAUCAAUGUGGAAGGGGCUGAAGGGGGCUGAGUUUAAACUUUGCAUGGCUGUGUCAGUUGAAAGGGGGAUGGCUUUAUUGUUUUCCAUGCUUCUGCAGCAAUGAAUCUGGGACCCUGGAUGUAUCUUGGAGUUUUGAAGUGCUGUAACAAAGUAUAAAGUGCUUGAGAAAAAGAUUGGAGCCAGGCGAGGAGUUUGAGGAACCCUUUGCCCAUUUUGAAAAAACAAACAAACAAUACAAGCUCAUUUGUUUGCUCUCUUUCAGAAGUUUGUGCUCUAUUCCUGCUUUCCCAACACCUGAAAUUCACCCUGACACUGUCAUAAUGGAACUCAGGUGCAGAACAUUAUGGAUAUUCCUUUCUUUACGAUCAAUUUCUCCCAAUCUGCUGAUCUGCUGGGGAAUUUUGCACUGCUGUUAAGUACCCUAAGGCAAAUUCUCAACUUCCUAUUCUACAGAAACGAAAGUUCAGAUGAUCUAAGCUAGUGAAUACAGCAGUGGGGAAGCAGAUGCCCUAAAUCCAUGUAAAGUGGAAACCCUACAUGUAACAGUACAACUUCCUGCCUCUUUAUGAGAAUGAUUAAACCAGAUGCCGAGUUGUAUGAACACUGUUAAGGAGAUUAAAGCAGAGAUAAGAGGUAUGAAAAAGAAGAGAUGAAAAGCAACAUCAUGCGGACCCCUGCAAUUGUGUUCCUGUACAACAGACAGUGCAAAGAGAUUCGAGCCCAACUUAUUGAACAACUGAAAUGUCUUGACCAGCAAUGUGAGCUUAGAGUCCAGCUGCUUCAAGACCUGCAGGAUUUUUUCCGAAAAAAAGCAGAGAUUGAGAUGGAUUAUUCUCGGAACUUGGAGAAGCUGGCGGAACGAUUUUUGGCGAAAACAAGGAGCACCAAAGACCAGCAAUUCAAGAAGGAUCAAAAUGUUCUUUCACCUGUCAAUUGCUGGAACCUCCUCUUAAACCAGGUGAAGCGGGAAAGCAGGGACCAUACCACCUUGAGUGACAUCUAUCUGAAUAACAUUAUCCCUCGGUUUGUUCAAGUCAGUGAAGAUUCUGGACGACUUUUCAAAAAGAGCAAAGAAGUUGGGCAGCAGCUCCAGGAAGAUUUGAUGAAGGUCUUGAAUGAGCUCUACACGGUGAUGAAGACCUAUCAUAUGUACAAUGCUGACAGCAUCAGUGCUCAGAGCAAGCUGAAAGAGGCAGAGAAGCAGGAAGAAAAGCAGAUUGGCAAAUCUGUAAAGCAAGAGGAUAAGCAAACCCCACGCUCCCCUGAUUCAGCUUCCAGUGUCAAGUUCGAAGAAAAACAUGUCCGACGGAGCUCAGUCAAGAAAAUUGAGAAAAUGAAAGAGAAGCGCCAAGCAAAAUACACAGAAAACAAAUUGAAAGCAAUUAAAGCAAGAAAUGAAUACCUGCUGGCCCUGGAAGCAACCAAUGCAUCUGUGUUCAAGUAUUACAUCCAUGACCUGUCUGAUCUCAUUGAUCAGUGCUGUGACUUAGGAUAUCAUGCCAGUCUUGGUAGAGCUCUCAGGACAUUCCUGUCAGCAGAACUAAACUUAGAGCAGUCAAAACAUGAGGGCCUUGAUGCAAUAGAGAAUGCUGUGGAGAACUUGGAUGCCAACAGUGACAAGCAACGCCUUAUGGAGAUGUGCAACAAUGUCUUCUGCCCACCCAUGAAGUUUGAGUUUCAGCCUCACAUGGGUGACAUGGUCUCCCAACUAUGUGCACAGCAACCUGUGCAGAGUGAAUUGGUACAGAGAUGUCAGCAGUUGCAGUCUAGGCUAUCCACUCUGAAGAUUGAAAACGAAGAGGUGAAGAAGACGAUGGAAGCCACUCUGCAGACUAUUCAGGAUAUUGUUACGAUUGAGGAUUUUGAUGUUUCUGACUGCUUUCAAUAUAGCAAUUCCAUGGAGUCUGUAAAAUCAACGGUCUCUGAAACUUUCAUGAGCAAGCCAAGCAUCGCCAAGAGACGAGCCAAUCAGCAGGAGACAGAACAGUUCUAUUUCACAAAGUUGAAGGAGUAUCUAGAAGGCAGGAACCUCAUCACCAAGCUUCAGGCAAAACAUGACCUCCUUCAGAAGACUCUGGGAGAAAGUCAAAGGACUGACUGCUCCCUUGCCAGCAGACGCAGCUCUACCAUAAGGAAGCAGGAUUCCAGCCAAGCAAUUCCCUUGGUGGUUGAGAGCUGCAUACGAUUUAUUAGCAGACAUGGCCUGCAGCAUGAAGGAAUAUUCAGGGUGUCAGGAUCUCAAGUUGAAGUGAAUGAUAUAAAAAACGCAUUUGAGAGAGGGGAGGAUCCACUGGCUGGAGACCAAAAUGACCAUGAUAUGGACUCAAUAGCUGGAGUUCUAAAGCUUUAUUUUCGUGGGCUGGAACAUCCUCUCUUCCCCAAGGAAAUCUUUCAUGACUUGAUUGCAUGUGUCACAAUGGACAAUCUGCAAGAGAGAGCUCAGCACAUCCGAAAAGUCCUUCUGGCUUUGCCUAAAACCACUUUGAUUGUAAUGAGAUACCUCUUUGCAUUCCUCAGUCAUUUAUCUCAGUUCAGUGAGGAAAACAUGAUGGACCCCUACAAUUUAGCCAUCUGCUUUGGACCUACACUGAUGUCAGUGCCUGAAGGUCACGAUCAGGUCUCCUGCCAGGCUCAUGUCAAUGAGCUCAUCAAAACGAUAAUCAUACAACAUGAAAAUGUCUUCCCAGGACCAAGAGAACUGGAGGGCCCUGUGUACAUCAGGGGUGGAAGCACUGAGGAUUACUGUGAAAGCCCUCAUGGGGAGACGACCUCCACAGAAGAUACAGCUCAGGACAUGGUCACUGAACACCAUACAAGUGAUGAUGAAUGUGAACCCAUUGAAGCAAUAGCCAAAUUUGACUACUCUGGCCGAACAGCACGUGAACUGUCUUUUAAAAAGGGGGCUUCCCUCCUACUUUAUCACCGGGCCUCUGAUGACUGGUGGGAGGGCCGUCACAAUGGAAUUGAUGGUCUGAUCCCACAUCAGUACAUCGUCGUCCAGGACACCGAGGAUGGCAUAUUAGAAAGAUCAAGCCCAAAAUCUGAAGUGGAAGUCAAUUCUGAACCACCUGAAGAAAAAGUGACAGCAAGAGCUGGUUCCAGCUGCCCAAGUGGUAGCCAUGUUGCAGAUAUUUAUCUUGCAAAUAUCAAUAAACAAAGAAAAAGGCCUGAGUCUGGCAGCAUACGAAGGACUUACCGUCAGAGUGACAGCCAUGGACUGCCCAGUUCGCUAGGAGAGCCAAUACCACCUGGAGCUGUAGCCAGUUCUCGUCCCUCAUCACAACCUAUUAUGAGCCAAAGUCUCCCAAAGGAGGUACCAGAUGCAUGCUCCAUCAGUGGCCAUGGGAGCCUCAAUUCCCUCAGCCGGCAUGCCUCUCUGAAGAACAGGAUAGAUAGCCCCCAUAUCCGGAAAAAUGUGACUGCAGGAAGGUCAAAGAGCUUUAAUAACCAUCGGCCCAUGGAUCCCGAAGUCAUUGCACAGGAUAUUGAAGCUACUAUGAACUCUGCUCUGAGUGAACUGCGGGAGCUGGAACGGCAAAGCAAUGUCAAACAUACCCCAGAUGUUGUUCUGGACACCCUGGAGCCUCUGAAAACCUCCCCAGUCAUCGCACCCACCUCUGAACCCUCCAGCCCUUUGCAUACUCAGAUCCUCAAGGACUCUGAACCAGCUUUCCAACGGAGUGCGAGCACAGCAAGUGACAUUCCCUGUGCCUUCAGGCCAGCAAAGUCUGUCAAAAUGGCUGCCCAGGUCAAGCCCCCAGCAACCAGGCCCAAGCCUGCGGUUUUCCCCAAAACAAACACCACAAGCGCUGCAGUUGCCUCAGCAUCUCAACAGUCUACUGACAAGUCCUGUACUGUCUGAACUUGAAAGCCUACUGUGAAUAUAGUGUUUUUUGUUUCAGAUGAGGGGACCCUCUUAAGGAGACAUUAUAAUGUCUAUUUAAUUAGCAUUGAACUUCUGCUGAAGAUUAGUUUGUCAGUUACUUUUGCCAGGGAUGUGCUCCAGCUCAUGAAGCCUCACUUUUGCACCUCCAUAAGUAAUACUAAGGCACUACAUCUUGGUUCAGUCUGAUAUACCUUAGCAAGUCUUAGAUCACUGUGAAAUCAGUGAGGGGAAGAUGAAAUUAUUUAAUCUGUUCCUGGUAACGAGUCAAUGCCUUGUUCUAGUGUCUAAGAGAAACCUUUGGAGUCUUCAUGCAUUGGAGGUUGUUGGAAGGGACUUCUGUGCUUCAACCACUAUGGGAAAAAUAGCACAAUAUUGCUUAUCCCUGCUUUUGAGCCUGCUGCUUUAGGUGGGCAUGCCUAUGGCUCAUUUCUGUACAUUAUUACAGUGCCCUACAGUGCCACUAAGUCUACUAAGUGUUUGUUACAGCCUAUCUCAUUUCAGGGGUGUGCCUGUUCUAAAGCAUAUUUCGUAGUUGUUUUCUAAUUUAGGGUUCAAAACCCAUAAUGCAUUGUGCCACAUGAGCCUAGUCCUGCUUUAAUGGAGGCAUAUUACAUGCAUCUGCAUGUAUUCAUUUGAAGUUAAGCCAAUCAUAUGGGGAAAAUCAGGAAUAUGACAGAUUGCAUGGUUAAACAGUCUCUACUUAUAUACUUGCUUGGUGCUUCCAGAACAAAGCCCAACCAUAAUGCUUUAAAUAUAAAUACUGUUUCCCUAAAAGAGUUUUGAGACAAAAUGAAAACUGGAGUUAAAUAUUGAAAACAAGCUACUUUCUCAUUUGCUACCUUUCUGAAGUGAUGUGUACAUUUAUGUACAUCUACAACUGGUAGACAACCUGCUGUCCUCCAGGUGUUUUGAAUUAUAAACUCCCAUUAGCCUUGACCUUUGGACCUUUGGAUGCAGUCCAGAAUUUGGGGAUUUGUUAUCCACAACAGGAGAAAGUGGCUGGGUUGCCUAGCCAUGAUCUACAGAGUUCUUUGUAAAAUGAGAUGGGUUCAGGCCAGUCCCUCUAGUUCUGACCAAUCCUAAACCCUACAUUUGAUAAUCUGAGUUAGUAGAUUGACUCUGUCUGUCUCUCCUCAGUCUCUUUCUUCCUCACCUUUUUCCCUUCGUGGUUCAGCCUAAGCCUACUGUGAGUUUAUGGUGUGGUGGAAUAAGGCAAAUAGAAAGCUGCGCUUGGGCAUGGACAUAGUCCAACAUGCAGCAUAUUCUUUGAUUUCAUGACUUCAAGUACUUUGCAGACAGUCAAAUUAAUCAUCUUAAAAUCUGGUAUUUAACACAGUCGCUCCAAGUCCCAACAGACUGUAUACACUUUUGUGUACAUUUGAAGGGGAAUUUAUUUUUCAAAAUGGUAGCCAUCUUUAAAAGAUGAUAAAAAUGCCCACUUGAAAAGUAACAGGGAACUUUUCUGCUGCCUUUUAAACCCCAGCCAAAAGGACACUGAAUUAAAAUCCAUUCUGGCUCAGUCACACACUCCUUUGAUUGUCAACUGGGGGCAAGAUAAGGAACUGAAACUUAUUUUUCUUUCAUGCUCUAGGUCUGAGCUGUCAUAUAUUUUUCUUGUGGUUUAAUGAAUGGAAUAGUUAGUGAUAUUUUAGUAGAAAACAAAUAUUUUCUCUUCUGUGAAUGAAACUGAUGGUAAUAAUUUCAGGUUAACCUAAAGUUGUUACAUGGACAGACACAUUAAUCUCCCUACUAUUUUUUCUUUAGUUUGUCUUUCUAAAUUAUGCUUAUGACUUGACAAUCUUACACACAAUGGUGGAAAGGCAACCUUGAGAAAGGGGACAGUUUCCGGUCUGUAACAUUUUCCGUAACCUUUGAUUGUUUAGAUACACUGACCUCUUGUAUGUAUGUGUGUGGGAGUGCAUGUGUUACCUCUAUAUCUUGGGCAUUUACUGAAUGUCCUGGGCACUGCAACCUGGUCAUUAAUUCUCAGGAUGGGGCAGACUUAUGAUUAAAGAACCUUCAUGCUUUUGUCCUUUAGGAUUCGGAGUUUGACUCAGGCAAAACUACUUGACUUUUUUUAAAAAAAACUUUUCUAAGAAUGUUUUAGGGAUAUCAACUCCUAAAGCAGGUCAAGCUCUUUCACCUGUACAAGCCUGACAGUACAUUUCCUGCAGGCAAAUUCCAGAUAUCAUAUGAAGUUAUUUCAGUGUAAUUAAAGGCAUAUGGAGCAGAAAGGCAUUAGCAGACAUGAUGUUACGUCAUUGCAUGAGUCGGAAAGCAGGGAUGGAGCUAGGUUUUCUUUAUUGAACAUGUGUUCAACAUGCCUUACGUUAUAACAGUGAAAAGCAGCACAGCCGCUCAAACGCACUUUGAAACAAAAAAAAAAGUUCAUGUGUUCAUUGUGUUUUGGCAAGUGAAUGAAAACUGGCAUUUUUAAAACAGCUAGAUUUUUAUGGCUAGUCUUUAUAUAUUUAACUUUGAGAGAGUUUUUGUUUUUGUUUUUGAUUUUGUUUUUCCUGACCAGCACUGGGGAAAACCUACUUACAAAGGAAGUAGAAAUACCAGAGUAUAGUAUAUACAACAUAUCAAUGCUGCCCAACUGGAAUUUAUGUUUGCAACCCGAUUUACAUUGCAAAUGUACAUAAGAAAAACAUCCUUUCACACACAAGUUCUAAGAAAUGUAUUCAAAAAAUAAAUCAACUAAAUAAUGUAGGUUAGGUGACCGGAUCAGUUCCUUUUGCAAGAUUUUCAGGUCCUUGCACUGCUGUAUUUUCUGCAUAUUUCUUCUGAAUAAAUAUGAGAGAUUUUAGGACAUAUCUACAUUGCAAACCUAUAUUGAUUUUAUAUCAGGUGCCAUGGCUUGCCCUCAAAGGAUUGUGAUCAUUCUGCUUUAUUAAGACAAGAAAAAUAUCUUAGAAAUCACAUCCCUCAAUUCUUCUUAUCCAAACACCCAGGUUCACUUGGAAGAAGGAAUGACUUCUUUAAAAUGAUGAAGAGUGCCAUCCUACCUAUUCCUCAGUAUAUAUAGCAGGUUUUAUGUGAUAUAUCUGAAUCCUGGCAGCCGCCUCCACUAACAAAAAAGAUUACAGCUCAGAAGGAAAUUACUCAGAAGCAGUAAUGCAGGACUCUAUUCAUGUACAGACAGAAAGAUGCUCCAGAGGGUAGGUUCUUCUGGGACUGGAUAGGAGUCAGCUUUAGACUACUGGAUCCCCUACUGAGUGCAACUUGGAGAAAUCCACUCUUUUAUAGUGUUCGAUCCCUCUGGGGGGGCCAGACCACCCUAUUCCCACCCCUAAAAGAUUAAUGGCAUCACCUGACAUCCUACACGAGUAACAGUUCCCCUUUUAAAAUAAGUUGCAGGGCCUUCUUGCACUUUUAAAUAUACCUGUUUGAAAAAAUCAAAACUAAAUAUCCACCCAUGUUUUGUCUUCGGGUAUUUGCAGCCCACAAAGGGUCCCAAGGCCUCCAAAGCCAUUAAUUACCCACCAUGACUAUCACCUACAAGACAUCCAACUUGUCACCAGAUUCCUCUGUUCAAGUGUCAUUCCAUCCAGUUACUCAAAAGGAAGCUCAGUUGAACACAAAAGGAUUUAGUGCUGAACAAACAUGCACACAAUUGGCUAUUGCAGGGGUGGGAACACUGGAAGGACCUUGAGGGAUGCACUCUUGUCCAAAAAUGAAAUAUCCUCACAUGCACAGGCAGAAUGAACAAGGGCAUUUUUCCAUAGGGGAGACAGACAUUUUAGACCCAGACUAGCCCUUUUUUUAAUAACAAUAAGUGAAUGUAAGAUACUUCCUAUUUCAGAAAAGGCCUCCCCUGGGCCUAAAUUGGUGGAAAUGUCUCCCAUGCACCUUAGAGGUAAUUUGUAAGCAUUUUGAGAUAGUUUAUUUCUGCUUGAAGGGCCUGGAGGUCACAAAUGCAGCCCUGCUUCACUAGUUUAUAGCUUUGCUACCCGCCCCCAUCUCAGGUUGUUUAUCGUGUUGAAGACUAAAUUCAUUUUUAAAUAAGAUAAGGGCUCUAUCUAAAAAUACAUAUUUAUUCAAACCAAGUAAAGACAAAGUAAAAUUUUGAUAACUGGAGCCAUGCAUUUCUGGUAGCAAGAUUGUUACAUAACAACUACAUGGGAAUAAUCUAUGCAGAAUUUUAUGAGGGAAGUAGAGGCAUUUUAGCAGGAUCCUGUUUUGGGAGAAAGGCAAAGUAUAACUCAAAUGUUACUUUUUGAGUUUCUAUAUCUGUAACAUAGAUGCAAGAUACUUCUUGCAAAUAGCAGUUUUAGGUAUUGGUAAACAUCUCUCCUUGUCUUUUUUUAAACAAUAGCUAGUAAUAUGAAAGUGUUAAGAACAUUUAAGCUUAGUUCACAUUAUAGUUUGUUGAAUGUCAAUUGACAAUAAAACCAUUUUUCCUUCAUAUGUCUACAAUUAGUAAUAUUUAGUGACACUGUAACCAUGAAGGCAUUUGUCCUCUAAAUACUUACUCUUAGGAGGCAUUUACGUGGCACAAAGAAAUACCUCAUUUUCUUACUACAACACAAUUGUCCAUUUGAACAAACCUUUGUUCAGGCAAGACGCUUCCCUACUGAUAGAGAUGUCAUAGCAGAGCAGCAGGAUAUAGGGGCUCUUCCAGUUUUGGCUUCUGCUUCAAUGCGGGCUGUAGUUUUCAUAUUCCGUUUUUGAGGAGCAUUUACAAGGCUAUGAUUCCUAUCUGGCUGAAGGCCUGCCUAUUCCUGUGGCUGCCCAUAUGCUUCAGUCUUGCAAUGAUGUCUAGCUCUGUUGUGUUACAUAAUCACAUAUCUGUGACUCUACUUCUUUGUUAGUAUAAAGGCACUGUUUGAGGGAUCUGUUUGAGACUGGGGACAAAAUCUAAUUCUGUACUGGCUGUCACAACUAAACUGGCUUCCCCUCCGCUCUCUGCCUCUCAAUGCAGCUCUGCCCACUACCAAAAGACUGUCUUUGGAGAGGUUUCCAGCCUUACGGAGGGAUGUAGUGGUAAUUACCCACUGUCCUGUCUCCAGAGGAUUUUUUUUCUUUCUUCAACAGAAAUGGAUUGUUGAAUCCUGUCCCCAAACAUUAACACAUUAACUACAGUAGAGUCUCACUUAUCCAACAUAAACGGGCCGGUAGAAUGUUGGAUAAGCGAAUAUGUUGGAUAAUAAGGAGGAAUUAAGGAAAAGCCUAUUAAACAUCAAAUUAGGUUAUGAUUUUACAAAUUAAGCACCAAAAUAUCAUGUUAUACAACAAAUUUGACAGAAAAAGUAGUUCAAUACACAGUAAUGCUAUGUAGUAAUUAUUGUAUUUACGAAUUUAGCACCAAAAUAUCACGAUGUAUUGAAAACAUUGACUACAAAAAUGCGUUGGAUAAUCCAGAACGUUGGAUAAGCAAGUGUUGGAUAAGUGAGACUCUACUGUACUUUCGUAGGACUAGCUGACAAAUACUGUAUGUAUUCUCAUGUGUAAGUAGAGGGAAGGCUUUAAGGUCAACAUGGGUUUUGAUAUAACCUGUGUAUAAGUCAGGGGUCAUUCCAUUGAGAGGGCAAAGCACCAAUAUCACCUUGGGGACAGCUGCCUCUGGCUGCCAUCACCCAUUUUCCCGCCCAGGCAUUCAAUAAGGCCAGAAGCAGUACCAAGGGGUUGAUGAUUCAUUUAGGUUCUCCCAGGAUAGACUAAGCUUUUGCCUUUAGACACUCAGAGAAGGAGAUUGUUCCUUACAUUGAUCCAUAGAUAAAUCAACCCAGGAUUUUUGGAUUCAUUUUUGAGUAAAAUUUCUGUAUUUAUACAUGCCACAGGCCAAUCUUGAGUGAUGGGUGUAGAGAACCAAACCCUUCUCUGAGUAUCACCAUUCUUCUCUCCACCCUUGAACAGAAAGUCUUAUUUGAAUAUAUUAUGGAGAUGUUGCUCCCUCUUUUCCCAUCGAAUGCCUCCAUUAAUCCCUCUCUUCAUCUCUACUUUCUGAGCUGUUUCAGGAAUCAAAAGAAGGACAUAACAUCUAGGGCCUGACAAAUACCUUCAGCAGGUUCAACUGGCUUUCCAAGCAGCCAUUUUCUACCUUCUGGUUCUGGGUUUUGGCCCAUGUUCAUGUUUUGGCCCAUAUUUACGUUCAUGCAAACAUUUUUGAAAUGCAAUAUAGUAAAUAAAGACUGCAAAAUAUUUGAAAACCUAAUUACAAAUCACUAAUUUAAAAUGUGCCUAGGAGAUGAAUUACAAAGAGAGAGGGACUGAAAACUCAGUUGCCAUUCAGUUAUAAGUCUGUCUUUUCAGUAUGAAAUCAAAUAUUAGACCUGUUAAUCCAGGAAUUCUUUCCGUGAGUGCCCUUAGGCUGCAAUUUUAUCAACAGGGAACCAUUUUCAAAAACAAAAAUUUAGACAUGAAUAUGCUGAAUGGCAGAUAAGUCCUAAGAUACUUCAUUGUUGUGUGCCUUCAAGUCGUCUGCGACUUAUGGCGGACCUACAUGGGAUUUUAUUGGCAAGAUUUUUUCAGAGGGGAUUUUGCCUUUGCCUUUCUCUGAGGCUGAGGGUGUGACUUGUCCAAGGUCACCCAGUGGAUAUCCAUGACUGGCUGAGCAGGGAUUUGAACCUGGUCUCCAGAGUCACAGUCCAAUGCACAAACCACUACACCAUACGCAGGGAGAAUUCUAUCUUGAUCAUAGCUUUAUGUGGAGCUCCCAGGAAUGUAUUCCAUCUCAGACAAUUAUAAAGAUGCUUGGAUAGCACAAAGCUGGGGGAAACCCCAUCUUGCUUCUCUGCUGUAUUGCGCACAAAAGAACAAUUAUGCAUGUGCAGUAGCUGCUUUUCAAAGAUUUUAACAACUCUACCUAUUCACAUGCUUUGAAUGCAAAAGAAACAAAAAUGUAAUAGAUACUUCCAUCUUACUUGAUCUGAGCAUGGGGUAGAAAAAUAUUUAAGGGUGAGCUGUUUUUCUUUACAACUUUACAAUUUCCACCACAGUAGUGAUUUUGUUUUUUUAGCUGCAAUACUUUUCAAAGGAGAUGUGCUUGAAGUGUGUGUUUUGUUCCAUACAAGUGAAAAGUUCCAUGUAGUGGAAAUUAAGCCUUCAAUUAUAGUAGCACUAUACUCUUAAGAGAACUUUUUAUGUGUACGUACUUUCUUUUCUGGAAGUAGAAGGCUGUACUUUCAGCAGAUCUUCAUGGGUUAGACUAUGUGGGUGCCAAACUGUUAGAGCAAUAUACUUAAAUACAAACCGUUAUGAAACAGGCAGACCAAAAUCAAUGUAGCCAAAAUUCAGCAAAUGGUAAAGCAUAUAUAUUUGAAAAGGCAUGGCAGCAAUGUCUUUUAUUCUACUGUAUGUAACACAGUUGAAUUGCACAGUCUAUCAAUCUUCAGUUUUUGUAUUUAAAAAUCUCAUCCUGCAAAGUCAGGUUUGGAUAGUAGUUGUUUCUCUUAAUUAACAGCGGCUGUUUUAAUAGGUUUGGAAUGAAAUGUUCUUGUUUUAAAAGCAAUUUUAAUUACUUAUAUUCUACACCAAUCUAUAUAUAUGGUGUAUUUUUUUUCUUUACAAAGCAAGCAAACAAACAAAAACUGUAAAAUUGUACUUUGUGUAUACUAUUAUGUACAAUAUUGGAGGUACAUCUCUUUUUUCUUUUUGGUACAGUAUUGUACAGUAUUAGAGGAGUAAAUGUGUUGGAAUUGUAAAAUCGGUGAGGAGGGGAAGCAAAUAUAUCUGUUGUCACUAGCAAUAGUUCUCUUUUUGGAAAAAUAAAUGUUUGGGUAUGGUGGAAGUGCUGGCCGAUCGACAAAAGUGUGUGUUGUCUUAUCUGUUCAGAGAACAAGGGGAAUAAAAUCUUUUAUAAAUA